CUCGUUUUUCUGUCUCUUCAUUCCUUGGAUUUGAGCUCCUGGAAGGAACUCUGGAUUUGGUAGACCCAGGGGAACAGAAACCAAGAAAUCUGCACAUAGCUGUUCAGCUCCUAUCUAGCUAUUCCUCGGCGUCGGUUCGUGAACGGUUCUCGGAGAAUCAUGACGGCCAUCAUUGAAAAGCUGAGAAGAAAGCGCAAGGUGUCAUCCGAGCUUCAUGCUCGAUGGGGCGACGUGUCUAUCAGCUAUCCCACCGAGGGAUCAUGGAGUCAAUGUCAGUCCUCCGGGGGAGUCCCCAACGCCAUGCCCGCAAGGCCCUCCGAGCAGAGUCGACGACAUGGCUCGCUCGAUGCGCUGGACCGACCGGCAGGCUCCUCGCGCGUGCCCACUCCCUUGCGCUCCGGGGAUCGCAAGGCCUCUGUCGACUCGGCCAUGACGAUACCCACGGGCCACUACGAUGCCAAACUCCGCGGUCGUUCGAAGACCAAGCCACCCUACCCUCACUCCCCGCGGGCGUGGGAGGAGGACUCAGACGACUGCUCAGCUGACGAGGAUGAAGAGGAAGACGUGCCUUCUGCCCUGGGAGGCUCCCGGGGACGGUAUCAUCAUCAUCCCCAGGGUGCCUCUCGCGCUGGGGGACGAGAAGAGGACCCCUAUGCGCGAGCAUCCAAGUCGCCUCCGUUAUCGGUGACAUCUCGUAUGCGCCGCUGCAGUGUGCAGAGUACGGCUACGGAGCCGACUACGAUGCCUACGACCGCCAGUUCCAAGCACUCUAGCUUUGUUUCCUCGGUGCCUUCGGUGACCUCCGAGGAACCCCGACUUCUCUAUCACUCUGUGCACCAGGACAAGAAACCCCCACCGCUACCUCAGCAGCAGCAGCAGCAGCAGCAGCCUCGACGCGCCAAACCCCGCGAAGCGGAGUCGGCGCGGCGACAGGAAUUGGUGCCAUCGUACGACGAGCUCUACGGAUAGGGCUUGGGCUGGACUGGGGCUGUACUACGAGUCAUGGCAGGCUGUCUGGUUUAAUCUAUUUUGUUUUCUGUCUGUUUCUUGGUGUUGAUAUUAUUCGUUGGAUUGUUUUCUUCUAAUUCUCCGUGGCCACCAGCGAGAAAGCAAAAGGUACCAUCUGCAUUGUGGCGUCUCUUUGAUUUUGGGGUGGAUUUUUCGCUUUUUGAUUUUAUUUUAUUUAUUUCUUAUUUAUUCCAUGUUACAUUCUUAUUUUA